AUGCCUGAAGAAAUAAUUGAUUUAAAUAGUAUAGUUUCUGGUCGUCAACCAAUUAACUCGUCAGAAACACCGAAAGAAGUAACAUUCGAUCGAGUUCAUUCAAUAUUAUAUGGAAAUUCAUCGACAAAAUUAAUCUAUGAUAAUGCUCAAAAAUAUUUUACUAAAAAAUUUGACCAAACAUAUCCGCACACUUCUCUUCAAAGAGAUCUUUUUAUUUCAAUUAUUCAAAAGGUUCACCCAUCAUUAAAAGUUCAAUUUGUAGUUGAAAUUGGAUCAUUUACAGGAAAUUCCGCUUCAAUUAUGGGAAAAGUUUUAAAAGAAUCAUACCCAGGAUCAUUUCUUUUAUGUAUUGAUACUUGGCUUGGAGAUUUGGCUAUGUGGAUAAAUAAAGCUGUUUGGGAACAUUUAUCAGUAAGUGAAGAUGGUCGUCCAACUGUUUAUUAUCAAUUUCUUACAAAUAUUAUAAAACAAAAUUUAACUACAAUGGUUCUACCAGCAUCGAUGACAUCAAUAAUUGGUGCACGUUUUCUUCAAACAUAUCGAUUUUAUCCACAAGUUAUUUAUCUUGAUUCAGCACAUGAACAAGGUGAGACAUUAAUCGAAUUAUCAUUAUAUUGGAAUUUGUUACGACCUGGUGGAAUUCUUUUUGGUGAUGAUUGGGGGUGGAGUUCGGUUCGAUGUGAUUUAAAAAAAUUUAGUUAUAUGAAAAAUUUAACUAUAGAACAGGCUGGCAAUACCUGGAUUCUUAAAAAGCCAGUAAAUUAA